GAAGUGUGUGUGUGUGUGUGAGUGUGUAAGCUGCCUCCUCUCGUGUUGAUGUCGUCUGACUGCCACCGACCGUGACGGUGAAAAGACGGGAUUAAAAAAAAAAUAAUAAUAAAAAUAAAUCAACACUCCAGGAACACCGAGCCGCACCGAGACGAGCGGUGACCUGCGCUGUCCAGCUUCCACCGGGUCGGACCGAAACGAUGAGCCAGCCUCGGCCGGACGAGUUCAAGCCUCCUCCGGAGUGCCCGGUCUUCGAGCCCAGCUGGGAGGAAUUUCGAGAUCCUUUUGCCUUCAUCAACAAGAUCCGUCCCAUCGCUGAGAAAACGGGCAUUUGCAAAGUCCGGCCGCCUCCGGGUUGGCAGCCUCCGUUUGCUUGCGAUGUCGACAGGCUUCACUUUGUUCCUCGGAUCCAGAGGCUCAAUGAGCUGGAGGCACAGACCAGAGUCAAGCUCAACUUCUUGGACCAGAUUGCCAAAUUCUGGGAUUUGCAGGGAUGUGCCCUGAAGAUCCCUCAUGUGGAGAGGAAGAUUUUAGAUUUAUAUAAGCUGAAUAAGCUGGUAGCUGAUGAGGGUGGAUUCGACAUUGUCUGUCAGGACAGGCGAUGGACCAAGAUUGCACUACAAAUGGGCUUUGCCCCUGGCAAAGCUGUUGGCUCCCACCUGCGAGGGCAUUAUGAGAGAAUCCUUUAUCCCUACAAUCUGUUUCAGAAUGGAGCAAACCUGCUGGCACCAGAUCCAGCUUCCAAACUGAUGCGUUUGGAGGCUGAUCCUGAACUUGAAAAGUGUGUUCAGAAGCCUGUCCAGGCGGUGGAGAACACAGUAAGCAAGGAGAGUGUAGACACCAAGGAGCACAAGCUGCAGGACCCGGCUCAGAGGCAGCCUGUCCAGACGCCUGACACUUGCCCCAGUGCUCGUAGAGCCAAGCGCAUGAAGUAUGAGGCCAUCUGUGUGAAGACCGAACCAGGUGAGCUCGGCGAGAACAAGCCCAACCUGAGGCGGAGGAUGGGUUCUUUUGUCGCCAAGCCAGAGCCAGAAAAAGAGAUUCCCAUUCCAAUGAAACCGGAACCAGUUGAAUUUAAGGAACCAAUAAUUGAAGCUGACAAAUCCAAGUCACGGUACAAGAAAGUCAUCCCUCCAGUUCCUCCAAGUCCAGUACUUUUGCCAGUCGUCUCAGCACCAUUACAAACAGCUCCUUUUGUUGUUCAGGUGGAUCUGGUUGUGUGUCUGGUGUGCGGUAGUGGGGGAGAUGAAGACCGUCUGUUGCUGUGUGACGGCUGUGACGACAGCUACCACACCUUCUGUCUGAUUCCUCCUCUGCACGAUGUUCCCAAAGGAGACUGGAGGUGCCCUAAGUGUCUCGCUCAGGAAUGCAACAAACCUCAUGAGGCGUUCGGGUUUGAACAAGCCUACAGAGACUAUUCCCUCCGUGCAUUUGGACAAAUGGCAGAUGCAUUCAAAUCUGAUUACUUCAACAUGCCAGUUCAUAUGGUACCCACAGAGCUGGUGGAAAAAGAGUUCUGGCGUUUGGUUGGAGCCAUUGAGGAGGAUGUUACUGUUGAAUAUGGAGCAGAUAUCGCCUCGAAGGAGUUUGGGAGCGGGUUCCCCAUUCCGAACGGAAAAUUUAAGGUUUCUCCAGCAGAUGAGAAAUACCUUAAAUGUGGUUGGAACCUCAACAACCUGGCCAUGAUGAACCCGUCUGUACUGACUCACGUAACGGCUGACAUCUGUGGGAUGACGCUGCCGUGGCUUUACGUUGGCAUGUGCUUCUCCUCCUUCUGCUGGCACAUUGAGGAUCACUGGAGCUACUCCAUCAACUACCUGCACUGGGGGGAACCUAAGACCUGGUACGGAGCUCCUGGUUUUGCUGCAGAACAGCUGGAGGAAGUGAUGAGGAAACUGGCCCCCGAGCUGUUUGAGUCUCAGCCUGACCUGCUGCACCAGCUGGUCACCAUCAUGAACCCCAACACCUUGAUGGCCCACGGAGUCCCAAUUUACAGAACAAACCAGUGCGCUGGUGAGUUUGUCAUCACGUUUCCGAGAGCUUAUCACAGUGGCUUCAAUCAGGGCUUCAACUUCGCCGAGGCGGUCAACUUCUGCACUGUGGAUUGGAUGCCUCUCGGCAGGCAGUGUGUUGACCACUACCGUAUGCUGCACCGGUACAAUGUGUUCUCCCAUGAUGAGAUGGUGUGCAACAUGGCCUCAAAAGCAGAAACACUCAACGUGGUGUUGGCUUCAGCUGUCCACAAGGACAUGGUUGUCAUGAUCCAAGAGGAGAAGGAGCUGAGGGAGAAAAUGAAGAAAAUGGGAGUGUUAAACUGCAAGGAGGCAAAGUACGAUCACCUCCAGGAUGACGAGCGGCAGUGUGCCAAGUGCAGGACCACCUGUUACCUGUCUGCCGUCACCUGCCCCUGUAGCCCAGGAGUCCUGGUCUGUCUGUACCACAUCAGCGACCUCUGUUCCUGCCCCGUCAGCAACUACACACUGAAUUACCGUUACACACUGGACCACCUGUUCCCCAUGAUGAACGCUGUGCAGCAGCGAGCUGAACUGUAUGAUGACUGGGCCUCCCGUGUGACCGAGACUCUCGAGGCUAAACUGGAAAAGAAGAAAGGCCUGCCGGUCUUUCGCUCUCUUCUCGCUGAAUCAGAGUCCAAGCUGUUUCCUGACAACGACCUGCUGCGUCGGCUUCGUCUGGUCACACAAGACGCAGAGAAAUGCUCCUCGGUGGCGCAGCAGCUGUUGAACGGCAAGAGGCAGACCAGGUAUCGGUGUGGUAGUGGGAAGUCGCGGAGCCAGCUUACUGUGGAGGAGCUGAGUUCAUUUGUGAGGCAGCUGUAUAACCUCUCCUGCAGCCUCCCUCAGGCGCCCAUGUUGAAGGAACUCCUGAAUCGCAUCGAAGACUUCCAGCAGCAUAGUGAGAAAGUCCUGGCAGAUGAAGUCCCCAGUGUGGCUGAAAUCCAGAGCCUGUUAGACGUCAGCUUCGACUUCGAUGUGGACCUGCCGGAGCUGCCGCGACUGAGAGUGAGGCUGGAACAGGCCCGGUGGCUGGAGGGGGUGCAGCAGGCCAGUGCUCAGCCCGCCACCCUCACUCUGGAGACCAUGAGGAGGCUCAUCGACCAGGGAGUCGGUUUGGCUCCCCAUCCAUCCGUGGAGAAAGCCAUGGCACGCCUUCAAGAGCAGCUUACUAUGUCUGAACACUGGGAGGACAAGGCGAGCAGUCUCCUUAAAGCCAGACCACCACACUCCAUAGAGACUCUCAGUGCUGCUGCUGAGAAGGCGUCUGGCAUCCCCGCUUAUCUCCCAAACUGUCUUCUCCUAAAAGACACCAUCAGGAAAGCUCAGGAGUGGCUUCAGGAAGCUGAGGAGCUUCAGGCCACUGGUUGCAUACCGCUGGUGGACAGGCUCUCAGACAUGGUGCUACGAGGACAAGCCAUUCAAGUCCACCUAGAGCCUUUAGACAGGCUGGAGUCUUUAAUGGUAGAAGUGCAAAAGUGGAAAGAAUCUGCAGCAACAACUUUCCUUCCAAAGGACUCAACUCUUACCUUACUAGAGGUCCUGUGUCCAAGAUGUGAAGCUGGAAGUGUAGGUUCUCCAAAGAGGAAGGCCAAGAAAGGGAAAGAGUCACCUAAAAGCAACAAAAAGAAAACGCCGAGGCUCAACACUCUCAGUGAUGUGGAAAAAGCGCUUUCAGAGACCAAGGAUUCUACCUCUGCAAUGGCAACUCUGGAGGAGCUGCGUGUGAGGGAGAUGGAGGCUUUCUCUAAUCUCAGGGCAGCAAAUGAGUCAAAGCUCCUUCCCACAGCAGACUGCAUGGACCUGAGGGUGUGCUUCUGUCAGAAGGCGCCCAUGGGUGCGAUGCUGCAGUGUGAACUCUGCAGGGACGCCUUCCACAGCGUGUGUGUCAGAGACCCUUCAGACUCCCAUGAAACACAGCCAUGGCUCUGUCCGCAGUGCCAGCGAUCAGAAAAGCCCUCCUUAAGCCAAGUCCUCUCUCUGCUGACAUCUCUGCGGCACACAGGGGUGCGCCUGCCGGAGGGCGAUGCUCUGCACUAUCUGGUUGAGAGGACAGUUAACUGGCAGCAGCGAGCGCAGGAGAUGACUCAGGCAUGUAACCUACCAGAACUAGAGGAGAGACCAGGGACCCCUCCCACACUAACCCGCUGGGUAUCAGGCAGCGACAACACUCACAACAACACUCAGGCUCCUUGUUUGACUCCAGAGUGGAAUAGGACAAGCCAUGCUCAGACCGUCUUCUACACCGAGCAGAGAUGCAUACCGCUGCAGGGCCUGAGUCAGGAGCUGGAGGAGCUGAUGGUGGAGGGGCUCCUGCUGCAGGUGUCUCUGCCAGAAGUCCAGAGCCUUUACCACGUUUUACUGGACAGAGCCAGCAGCCAGCACUCAGACAUAUGCAUUUCACCAUCACAGGAGGAGUCCACAGACAAACACAUGCAGUUUAACUCUCAGGGAACAAAUCUGCCACUGAACCAGGAUGGCGCCACGAGCGUGAGGGAAACAGUGAUAGGCGAAAAAAAAGCAAAGAGGCAUCUGGAGAGGGAAGGUUUAGAUGCUGAGCGCAGGGGGAAAGACAAGAAGCACUGUCACAAACGACAGAAGAUGAAUAAAAAGAACCCUCAGCGCAGGUCGGCCUCGACCUCGUCUUCCCCACGCUCUGAUUUCUCCCAGUCUGAUGACUCUGACGAGGAAAUGGCUGUUUGUCCAGCAGAGAGGUGUCAGCUGCCAGAGGGGGAUGAGGUAAACUGGGUCCAGUGUGACGGCAGCUGCAACCAGUGGUUCCACCAAGUGUGUGUUGGCGUCACGGCGGAGAUGGCCGAGAAGGAGGACUACAUUUGUGUCACGUGUACACUGAACGACGGACACAUGAGAAAAUGAAGAGAAGGCAGAAGGUUUUCUGACGUCUGUGUGUCCUCAGUCCGUUAUUGGAGCCUCCAGUCUGGAUGUGUCACUGAUCCCGAUCCCCUCCUCACCCCCCGUCCCGUCUGUCCGACCCUUUUGUAACAACGGUGCUAUCUCCUCUUUGACUUGUUGUCCAGAACUAUAAUGUUUAGUUAUUUUUUUGUAUUUUUACAUAUAUAUAUUAUAUAUAUUUCUUUCUUCUUAUGAAUUGUUUGUGUUUGUCUAAAUGGAAAAAAAAAAAAAAAAGAACACAGGACGUGAAGUGUGCUGCAUGGGAUCCCGUUACAUCAGCGCAAAGGAGUCUUACAUCAUGAGACCCCCGGUAAAGAGAGUUAAUCAAGGGUUAAUAUUAUCUACUUUGGAACCUCCUUGCAUGUUAAACCAGAGCUAAGGGGACAGAAGUCAAGGUUUUCACCCCCUAAACACCCCCCCAAAAAAUGACUAUUACAGUUUUUUUUUCUUUGAAAUCCAGUGUUUAGUACAUGCAUCUUAAUAUAAUUAUUCCCCUUUUUUGUAGAAUAGUUUUAUUUAUCUGAGCAAUAAUUUUUGUCUGAAUUGACUUAAAUGGCUUGAUCUCCGCUGAGUUGUGUUUUAGCGAUGGUGGUGUGAUGUACAGAAAGCUACGCAGGUGGAAAGGUCAGAGUGGUGGAGAUGCACCGUGGCAGGCUGAAGGAAAAGACGCUGCUGACAUGUAGGUCCGUGACAUGUAACCCGGCAUAGGAUACAGCGGGAAGGACUCGAGGUAGCUGAAGAUGUUACAAGUUUAUAUUGUGGAAUAAAGCCCUUUUGUUCUA